AUGGUCAUCAACGCAGACGGAAAAGCCAUACCUACCAGGAGCCUGGCCACAGCUCCCAAGAAAGCAACCACCAUCUCGGAGAAGACAUCGGCCGCCAUCGCCGCCAUGACGACCUACUUCAACGUCAACCCCGGCCACCAAGUCUCCAUCCCCACCAACAUCUCCCUCUACUCCAUCACCCAAACCUGCUACACAAUCACCCACCGCACCUUCGCCCUCCCCGAAGACCCCUCCUCCGAGCCCCUCUCCGACCUAACAUCCCCCUCCCACGUCAUCGACGCCAUCUUCGACACCGACGCCAAGCUCUUCUUCCAAGACGCGCCCCUCCUCGCCUACCUCACCCCGGACCUCAAGUCCUCUCUCCUCGCCCAGGCCAUCACGGGACUCGUCAUCUUCUUCCGCCGCCUGUCUGACGCCCUCAGUUACGAGGAGCUGCCCUUCAUCACGCCUUACCUCUUCGCCAAGGAGCUUGAGUCCUUUAGGCACAGCGAGGAGAGGAUCGCUGCUUUGGCUGCUGUUGAGGCUAGCGAUUUGUUCGCGGGGUGCAGGGGCCGCGGGCAGAUUGCUACUUUGGUUUCGAGGGUUGUGGAGAGGGCUGAUGAUGAGAGUGAGCUGUCCGAUAUGAUUGAGGAUGCUCAUGUCCAUGAGGAUUCGGUGGGGAUGUUGGGUUGGGCUGUUGAGAGGCCGCGGAACAUGGGGCUUCCGUGGGGGUUCUCCAUCUUGCCUGUUAACUAA